AUGCGCAGCGCGGCCAUGCAGCCAGCGUUGACCGCGCUCCGGCGGCCCCUGGCCUCCCUCGCCCGCACUAGCCUGUCGGCAUCAAAACAAGCCUUUAGGGGCCCUUCUGCGAAUGCUGUCCGCAGAGCCACCACCGUCUCUGCCAGUCACUUCGGGUCGCCGAGCGGCUUGGGAUCUCAGUCAAUCGAGCCAGGUGUGAUCCUGAAGGGCUACUCCGGCCGGGAGUACACUGUCGAGAAUGUUCUGCAGGACAGACAAGACCGCCAGGUCUACCUCGCCAGGGCGGAUGAGAAGAUGUUCGUGCUGAAGAGCCUGUUCGCACACGAAUACAACUAUGCUCUCCCCUUGCAACUCAGAUUCGGCCGAUCUCCUUAUCUGAGAGCACUGCGGGACACCGUCCCCGACCAGAAAAUGUUCGUCAACGAGUACCUGACGGACCAUCUGCUCAACUUUGCUUUCAAGGAUCUGUCCUUGGGAGUGCACAAGCGGAUUCUCCGCGACACCCUUCGAGGUCUCGCUGCGCUGCAUGCUCAGAACAUUGCCCACUUGGAUAUAAAAGCAAAUAACAUCAUGCUGGACUACCAUGAGACGCCUCAGGGUAUUGUCGUUGAUCGGGUGCAGCUGUCCGAUUUGGAAGAUUCGACUCUUAUCCCCCCGGGUCAGGCACUCCGUGGCAUGCAGGUUGGCAAUCAAUACUGGCGCAGUCCGGAGGCCCAUGUCCAAGGCGCAGUCGGCAAGCCAUCCGACAUUUUCUCAAUGGCCAUUGUGUUCAUCUUCAUGCGCCUCCGAAGCGUCAUCUUCUUGGCCGACAACGCCCAGAAGAUGGACCCCACCAGCGACAUCCUGACAAGUCAGAUGUCGUAUUUCGCCGAGUGGAAGGACUUCCGCGGCUUCCUCGACUACCUCGGCUCGAAGCAUCCGUGGGCCGGCGACUUUCGUCGCAUGGCCAACUCGUUCAACGAGGACAACCCGAGGCGGCCAUUUGCUGUCUGGAAGAGCGACCUCUUGGACGACGAGUUCAAGGACUUGAUCGGCAAGAUGACGAACUUCGAUCCGCAAAAGAGGAUCACGGCCCAAGAGGCCUUGGAGCACCCGUGGUUCAUCGGUGCCACUGAAUCUUAA